AUGACCACCACUCAGCUCCCCAUCUCCGACGUCGACAGGUACGACUAUGUCGUCGUUGGCGGCGGUACCGCUGGCUGCGUUAUCGCGUCGCGUCUCGCCGAGGCCCUCCCCCAGAAGCGCAUCCUCUUGAUUGAGGCUGGCCCCAGCGACUUCAUGGACGACCGCGUCCUUGACCUGCGCAAGUGGUUGAACCUCCUCGGAGGUGAGCUCGACUACGACUACGGCACCACCGAACAGCCCAUGGGCAACUCUCACAUCCGUCACUCCCGCGCCAAGGUCCUGGGUGGCUGCUCAUCACACAACACCCUCAUCUCCUUCAGGCCCUUCGAGUACGACUUGAAGAUCUGGCAGUCGCUGGGUGCCCACGGCUGGACCUUCCACGACUUCAUGCGCGUCAUGGACAAGCUGCGCAACACCGUCCAGCCCGUCCACGCCCGCCACCAGAACGAGCUCUGCCUUGACUGGGUUAACUCCUGCUCCUCCGCCCUCGAUAUCCCCAUCCUCCACAACUUCAACAAGCACAUCGCCCAGGACGGCGCCCUGAAGCAGGGUGUCGGUUUCUUCUCCAUCUCCUACAACCCCGACGACGGCCGCCGCUCCUCCGCCUCCGUCGCCUACAUCCACCCCGUCCUCCGCGGCGACGAGAAGCGCCCCAACCUCACCAUCCUCACCAACGCCUGGGUUUCCAAGCUCAACGUCAAGGGCGACACCGUCACUGGUAUCAACCUGACUCUCAACGAUGGCUCCAAGCGCACCAUCACCGCCAAGAAGGAGACCAUCCUCACCGCUGGUGCCGUUGACACCCCCCGCCUCAUGCUCCUGUCUGGUAUCGGCCCCAAGCAGCAGCUCCAGGACCUCGGCAUCCCCGUCAUCCACGACCUGCCCGGUGUCGGUGAGAACCUCCAGGACCACCCCGAGUCCAUCAUCAUGUGGGAGCUCAACCAGCCCGUCCCUCCCAACAAGACCACCAUGGAUUCCGACGCCGGUAUCUUCCUGCGUCGCGAGGCCCCCAACGCUGGCAGCAAGAAGACCUUCUUCAACCCCGACGGUAUCCCGGACGGUGACAUCGCCGAUGUCAUGAUGCACUGCUACCAGAUCCCCUUCACCCUCAACACCGGCCGCCUCGGCUACGACGAGCCCAAGGAGGGCUACGCCUUCUGCAUGACCCCCAACAUCCCCCGCCCCCGCUCCCGCGGUCGUCUCUUCCUCACCUCCCCCGACCCUAACGUCAAGCCCGCCCUUGACUUCCGCUACUUCACCGACGAGGAGGGCUACGACGCCGCCACGCUCGUCUACGGCAUGCGCGCUGCCCGCAAGGUCGCCGAGCAGGCCCCCUUCAAGAACUGGAUCAAGCGCGAGGUCGCCCCCGGCCCCAAGGUCAACACCGACGAGGAGCUUUCCCUCUACGCUCGCCGCGCCGCCCACACCGUCUACCACCCCUGCGGCACCACGAAGAUGGGCGACGUCCGCAAGGACCCGCUCGCCGUCGUCGACGAGCGCCUCAACGUCAAGGGCCUUAAGCGGGUCCGCAUCUGCGACGCCGGCGUCUUCCCCACCAUCCCCACCAUCAACCCCAUGCUCACCGUGCUUGGUGUCGCCGAGAAGGCCGCCGAGUUCAUCAUCCAGGAGGCCCAGGAGACUGCCCGUCUGUAA